GGCGGGCCGGCAAAGUUGCGAGGCGCUGAGGCGGGCGGCGGCACCGGCGGCGGAUCGGGCACGGCGGCACCAUGGACGACCUGGAUGCCUUACUGGCAGACCUGGAAUCCACCACCUCUCACAUCUCCAAACGGCCAGUGUUUCUAACAGAGGAAACGCCUUACUCCUAUCCAACUGGAAACCACACGUACCAGGAGAUUGCUGUCCCACCUCCAGUGCCCCCACCACCUUCCAAUGAGGCCCUGAAUGGCACUGUGAUUGACCCCUUAGACCAGUGGCAACCCAACACAUCCAGAUACGUUCACCAGCAACCUCAGUCCCAGUCUCCUAUAUACAGCUCUAGUGCCAAAAGCUCCAGUGCCUCUGGUCCUAAGGACGGGCUCAGCUCUCCUUCUCCCCGUGCCAGUGAAGAGGAACACGUCUACAGUUUCCCAAACAAGCAGAAGUCUGCAGAGCCAUCUCCCACGAUGACCAGUUCGUCUCUGGGCAGCAACCUCUCAGAACUGGACAGACUUCUUCUGGAACUGAAUGCUGUUCAGCAUAGUCCUGCCAGUGGCUUCCCAGCAGAUGAAGCCAGCAGAAGCCCAUCGCUGCCCAGUGUGACUGGACCUCAUUAUGUUGUCCCAGAGAGCAGCAGCUCUGUGGGAGGGAAGGCUGCUCCCCCUACAAAAGAAAAGCCAAAGCGAAACGGUGCCCGUGGGGUCGAAGAUGUGCGUCCUAGCGUGGAGAGCCUGCUGGAUGAGCUGGAGAGUUCUGUGCCAAGUCCUGUCCCUGCAAUCACUGUGAGCCAAGGUGAGGUGAGCAGCCCUCAGCGGGUCACCGCCAGUCAGCAGCAGACCCGGAUAUCUGCUUCUUCAGCUACACGAGAACUGGAUGAGCUGAUGGCAUCUCUCUCUGACUUCAAGUUCAUGGCUCAGGGCAAAGUCGGGAGCAGCUCCCCUCCAUCCACAACCUCCAAGCCUGGCAGCCAGCUGGAUACCAUGCUAGGAAGUCUCCAGUCUGACCUGAACAAGCUGGGUGUAGCUACAGUUGCCAAAGGUGUCUGUGGAGCCUGCAAGAAGCCUAUUGCUGGGCAGGUAGUUACAGCCAUGGGGAAAACUUGGCACCCUGAGCACUUCGUCUGCACCCACUGCCAGGAGGAGAUUGGGUCCCGGAACUUCUUUGAGCGCGACGGUCAGCCCUACUGCGAGAAGGACUACCACAACCUCUUCUCCCCGCGCUGCUACUACUGCAACGGGCCGAUCCUCGACAAAGUGGUGACGGCCUUGGACAGGACAUGGCACCCUGAACACUUUUUCUGUGCCCAGUGUGGAGCUUUCUUUGGACCUGAAGGCUUUCAUGAGAAGGAUGGCAAAGCUUAUUGCCGCAAAGACUACUUUGAUAUGUUUGCUCCCAAGUGUGGAGGCUGUGCCCGGGCUAUCCUGGAAAACUACAUCUCUGCCUUGAACACCCUGUGGCACCCUGAAUGUUUUGUCUGUCGGGAAUGUUUCACUCCAUUCAUCAACGGCAGCUUCUUUGAGCACGAUGGGCAGCCUUACUGCGAGGUGCAUUACCACGAGCGCCGCGGCUCGCUCUGCUCCGGUUGCCAGAAGCCUAUCACAGGACGCUGCAUCACUGCUAUGGGCAAGAAAUUUCACCCCGAACACUUUGUCUGUGCCUUCUGCCUCAAGCAGCUCAACAAAGGAACCUUCAAAGAACAGAACGACAAGCCCUACUGCCAGAACUGCUUCCUCAAGCUCUUCUGUUAGAGGCGUCGUAGACGGGCGCUAAGCAUCUUUCUGCCACCCCUUGGCAGUUCUCUCUCUCUGAACAUUACUGUGAUUUAGAAACCUUACCAGGCGGGGGGAGGAGGGUGGGGUGGGGUGGGAGUGCUCUCUGCUGCUACGGAGAGGCAGCAGAUCCAGAGAUGAGAUGGACCAUUAAACUGGAAAUGCCCUUGCUGUGUCUGAGAAGAGAGAGGCGAGUCCCCUCAUUACGGUGUGGCGUGGGUGUCUCUGUGUGUGACUGACAGCUGAGCUGAGCUCGCAGGCUCCAGCAGGGAGAUCCUACCCAACCCCCUCCUGGCAGAAGGAGCCUUUGCCAGUUCGUUUCAGUCUGUGUCAGUUCCUUGAGCAAAUCGUGACACUUGCAGACAACACAGCCCUCUGCUUUGACACUUCUUUCUCAGGCUUUUGUCUGCAUGCCUGCAGCCUGAGCAGUAACACAGUGAGGGCACCCUGUGAUCUCAAUGCCACCCUGGCUCUGCUCGCUGGAGCCACGUGGCACGUGUGACUUGCUGAGAUCAGAGCAUCAGCACAGGCAGCCGGGGCCCUGCAAGGGUCUCUCCAGUUCCAUUACACUGUAAGGAGAUGAUACCACUUACUUUUUCUUUUCUCUUUUUUUUUUUUAAGGAAUCAAGGUGUUACUGUGUGGGGUGCUUUGUUUUUUGGUUUCUGCCCCCCCUAGUUUAUUCCCUGCCUUUUCUCAGCACACUGGAGCAGGAGGUGGAAGCCCUGGCCACACCUCAGCAGUGAUGUGCACUCCUGUGGGUGACACGCUGUGCCAGGCACCUGUCAGCAGCCAAGCUGCUGGGGGCAUCUGCUGCUCCUGGGAGCAGGGAAGAGGCAUCCUCCCUCCUUCUAGAAGCAGGUGCAGAAUGGUUUGAGCACAGCCUUUUUCCAUCCAUCCCUGCCAGGAGAGGGUGUGACUUGUGUGUGUUUGUUGGGCCUGGAACUGCCACAAAAGCAGGGAAAGUGGAGAGGUUUAAGAACCCAGGGAAAGAAAAAAUCCAAGCUUUAUAUCCUUUUUUUUCUUCCUCUCUUUGCUAAUGACACCUGUGAGCCCCAUGGUAUUUCCCCUUUCUGUGCUCUUGUUAACAUGUUCUACUGAGAGAUGCUAAAGCAAUAACCUUUUAUAUUGACUGUUACUGGUCUAACAAGUCCCUCGGGUCAGGUGUGUGAGACACACUUGGGAGUUCUCCUAUCAAAGUGAAUACUGUAUCCUGCCUUUGAUAAGAACUGUAGAUUUCUACACUGAUUUUUUUUUUUUUUAAAUUCAUAUCUGAUUUACUUUUAAUCCUCUUAUACAGAAAUUGGUUUUGAAGUGAUUUUAAGAAAGCAACUUUUAUAUCAAGCUGUGCUAUUCUAGGCAGUCUGCCAGUUGUGCUGGUUUACUGCAUCUGUAACCUCAACGCUUUGUUAAGCCUAACUAACAUUGAUUAUUUUCUUUUUGUGGUGGGUUGGGAGGGGCUGCAAUCUAUGGGGAAGGGAAUGUGACUGGGUUUUUUUUUCCCUAGCACAGGCAGGUGAACUGUGAAUAGCUUUUUUUGUCCUUUCUUUGUUUUUUUUUCUUUCCUUUCCCUCCUCUGGGUCACCUGAAAGUGUGUUGUUUUGGUUUCUCUUGUAACCUGUAAACUGCUGUAUUUGAGUCACCUGCCGUUCUCCCAAAGCCCAGCUUCCAGGAUGCUAUAGAGAGUCUUAAAAUAUGAUGCUGCAGGGGCAGAAGAGCUCAGACCUUUGCCCUCAGUUUCCUGUCUUCACCUAUAUGAAACCAGAAUAGGGUUAAAUGGAGGAGAGAUUCUUUUUCUCCUGUGGAAGAAAGGCCUUAACUAAGGAGAGGAAAGCGGGGGAGACACUCUGUUCCUGGCUAGCUGUGUAACUUUUGGGCCAGUGACUAAACCUUACCGUGCCUCAGUUUCCCCAUCUGUAAAAUGGGGGCAGUUCAGCCUGGAUUUGUGAGGUUAUUGUGAGGCUUAAUUCACAUUUGCUAAAGCACUUUGAGGCCUGGAGGGUGCUAUGGGAGGUGAGGUAUGACAUCAAAACAUCUGACAACAUUCUGUGUUAUCAGCCAAAGCAGCUCCAGGAGUGGUGCUUGGAAUCACUUCUCCAGAGUGAUACAGCAAUAUCACCACUGACAUCUGGUUGUGCUUUUCAGCUUGGCAGGUGCCUUAGGGGCCUGGGGGCACCUGUGUCAGAAACCAGCCCAAACGUAGGCUGGAAUCUGUGGGUUACUGUCCCGUCUGACCUCACCACAUUGCUUCGCCACCACGCUUAGGUCACUGCAACUUUUUCACCUGUUUCCCUGUACAAAUGAACCUCAGUUUGCAGUUGUGAGAGGGAAGGGAGCUGUGGAAGCACUAGAGCUAAAGCUGUGUCAAGCUGGGCUGAGCACAGCUCUUGGAGAGGUUGUGAGGCAAGGAACCAUGUGUUUGUCUUUCCAUCUUUGACAGCAGUUUGACUAAAAGUGGACAUUUCUGAGAACAGGUCAACUUCUUACUGCUAAGAGAACAAAAAGUCGUUGCAUUAGAAGUGCCAGAGAGGGCUGAGAAGGUGUCUCUGGCACUACCACUUUGUUGUGUGACAGCUGCAAACUGUGUAAUCAUGUGCCUCUGUCUCCCUGUCCAGGGAGUCUUUAACCUACCUCGCUACUAGCUGAGGCUUGUGUAAGUGACACUUCAGGAAGGCAUGGAAAACUCUGGGUGCAGGGUGCCAUGGAAGGUGCUGGUAGUGCACAGCACCACAGGGGAGGCUUCUCUAUUCUUGGAGCUUAACCAAGAUUGUUAAACAUUUACCUCCUGAGCAAAGUGUUGAGUGUGUCCUGGGUUUAGCUGCUCUCUGACAUGCUGAGAUGCGACAUGGAUGCUACUCUGCCAAAUAAUGACUUUUGGUAACUGCUGCCACAGUAGGUGCCCUAAAUGCCUAUUACUUGAUAACAAAUGGGAUUUUAGGGUAGCACAACCACGCUACGGGGUGAGAGGCGAGAGGGUGGUGUGGGGGGAGAGACAGGGUGUGAGAGGCUGGUGCUGGAGCAGGGACCGGUGCAGUGGGCUGCUCCUGGGGAGAUUCUGUCUAAAGGUCUGUCCCCAGACGAAAUGCUAUCCCGGGGCAAGGUCAGUCCCACCGCGUCGGGGCUGAGCUGUGGGGGAUGCUCCGCUGGGUCGACAGUUAUUUGAUUUCUCCUUGUAAACUUCUAACUCCGCUUUCUUGUGCCAUUUGCGAUUCCUGCAGUUACGCUAAUAAAGUUUUUACCGUUAUUCUCA